AUGAUAUACUACAAUAAAAUAUCACCAAAAUUCACAGUCGUUCAAUCAAUUUGGGAACUGAUCGGAGGGCGGUUGCUUGUAGAUACAAUAGUAGUAGCAGUAAGUGUUGAGUUUGGCAGUUUGAACACGCCGCUCGAGCCGAAGACAGCGGCUAGGAGGUUCUUGAGUGGCGUAUUGCUGAAUGAUCGGGAGUACUUUCACGUUGCUGUUAGGAAUCAGUUGGAACAGCUGGUGGCUGACAGGGAUGAAGUCGCCGUGGCUCGUGCCGAGUUCAGCUUGGGCACUGAUGUAGCUUCCCUCCAUAGGAGGAUUGCUGAACUGAAAAGGCGUGAAUGCCGGACUGCAGUAGAAGAUGUGAUUUAUAUGUUAAUAUUUUACAAGUUUACGGAGAUUGGAGUUCACUUGGUCCCUAGACUUUCCAAAUGUAUCUACAAUGGCAGACUCGAAAUCUAUCCUUCAAAGGAAUGGGAACUGAAGUCAACUCACAACUUUGAUGUUUUGGAGAUGGUUAAGGAACAUAUUGCUGCUGUUGUUGGCAAGAAAGCAAACUCCAAUGUCACUGACAGUUGGGCCACAACUGAGAUCCCGAGGCUUCUUCUCUGCAGACUGUAUGCUGCUUCCAUCUUUUAUGGAUACUUCUUAAAGUCCGCCUCAUUGAGUUUCCACUCUUGGAGCUCGUCUUUAGGACUGAAGUACGGUGCAUUUGGUCGCAUUAGCAGCCCAAGGUCUACAUCUAUUGGUCAAGUGCCAUGUAGUCUAGGCAAGCAACACGAGAAAUUGAUGUGUUAUGUGAUGGGAUUCGACCCCAAAACCCUGCAGAUGUGCGCGAAACCAAUGUCUAAGGAGGCUGUGAAUCUGAUUGAGAGACAUAGUUUUGCUCUCUUUGGAGAUGAUAAUACAGGUUUGCUCGAAACCGAUGAGUUAAUUUCCACGUCUUAUGCAAGUCUCAAGAGAUUUGUGCUGGAUGCCGUUGCUUUUGGUUCAUUCUUAUGGGACGCAGAAGAAUGCGUGAAUGCUGUAUAUAAGCUUGAGGAAAAAUGA